AUGAGUGACUCUGCAAAAUCACAUUCCGCAGCCCAUGUGGACACGGUCGAGAAAGACGUGUACCUCGAAGAUGACCCACAUCGUGCUGCUUUGGAAGAUAACCCCGAGAAACCUGAGAAGCUCACCUGGAGCACUGUUCUUUCCAUCUUCUUUCUUGGCCUCGCCUUCGUGGGACCAGUUUCCGGCGGAUUCCUCCUAGUAACAGCGAUCCUAUUCCAGAUCGGCUCCGAGCUGGGCGACACCUCCAACAUCGCUUGGAUGCCCGGUGGAUGGUCUAUUGCAUCGUCGGUGUCUUUCUCCAUUGCGGGGUCUCUCAGCGACAUAUUCGGCCGCAGAUAUGUGACACUCAGCGGCCAGCUCUUCGCCGUCGUUGGUGCAAUUGUUGGUGCGACAGCCAAGACAACCGUGGGAGUUGUCAUUGCCUGCACCCUGCUGGGAUUUGCAACCGGCAUUAUUUUCGUUGCCUAUGCUGGUAUCCCAGAGUUGCUACCUAACAAGUGGCGAAAUGUUGGCCUCGCAUGGACCGAGGGCGCCAUGGCUAUCCCCUGGGCCAUUUGCGGUGUGAUCAUCGCCAACCAACUGGUCUCGAAGGCCACGUGGAGAUGGUGUUUCUACAUUGCGAUCAUAUAUUCGGUGAUUUCCGUGGUGGGAACAGCCAUAUUCUACUUUCCACCCUCCCGCCCGCGAAGAGAUUAUGAGAAGACCCGUUGGCAGGAGAUCAAGGAAAUCGACUACUUGGGAAUCGUCUUGUACACUUCUGGCUUGACCGUCUUCCUAGUCGGGCUCACAUGGGCGGGAACCCCUGCGCACCCCUGGAAGAGUGCCUCGGUCAUUGCACCCAUUGUCAUCGGUGUCCUUGUUUUUAUCGCCUGUUUUGUCUACGACUUUACCGUCCCGAAACAACCUUUCUUCCCGCUCGACCUGUUCCGCCGAUAUCGUGAAUUCACAGUUCUCCUCGUUGUCGUGUUUGUCGCCGGAAUGAUCUUCUACUCCAUGGCCGGUAUUCUCCCACAAGGCACACUGUACAUGUUCGAAAGUGAUCCAAUUCAGAUUGGCUUAACUCAGCUACCAAAUGGGGUGGGCACUUUUGUUGGCGGUACACUCAUGCCUGCAAUCGCUCACAAAAUCAAGCACCUCAAGAUGCAGAUCAUUGUUGCGCUGACCAUUCAGCUUGUUUUCGUGGCUCUGUACUCGGUGGCAGUUCCGCAGAGCAAAUCCGCUUGGAUGGCUUUUCAGUUCUUCGGACAAGGUUGCUUUGGCAUGAUCACACUUCUCUGCUAUUUUAUCGCGGGUCUUCACGUCCCGCUUCGAGAACUCGGCAUUGCAUCCGGCCUCAUCGGUACAUUUCGCAGCGCCGGUGGGAGCGUUGGCAACGCAAUCUUCAACACAAUCCUGACCUCAGUUGUUACCGUUGAAAUGCCCAGGCGUGUCAUAGCAGCAGCUCUUGAAGCUGGAUUCCCUGCUUCCAAUCUCGAGCAAUUGGUGCCUGCAGUGGUGAACGCUGCCACCGGGGUCCCUAACGCUUUUGCUGCUGUUGAAGGCGCCACACCUGGGGUUCAAGAAGCCACAAUCAAGGCAUUCCGUGGGGCCUAUGGCUACGCGUUCAAGAGGGUCUUCUGGGCGACAAUCCCCUUCGGUGUGAUUGCGAUUAUUUGCGCCUGCUUUGUCUUGGAUUCGUCCCAGUAUCUGACCAAUCAUACUGCCGUGCGUAUGGAAAAGGACACCAUCGGUGGUCGGACGAUUCAACACACUACUGAGGAUGUCGAAAGUCACGAUUCGGCGGAGAAUUCGCAGCAUGAAAUCAGCAAGGGUACGUGA